UUCACGUAGGUUCUCUCCUCUCUCUCUCUUUCUCUCUCUCUUUUCAGGGGAGUCUCGCCGGAGAGACCCAAAAAAUUAAAAACAAAAUUAAAAAACCGAGAGGGAAAAUUCAUCAUCUUCUUCCAUCGUUAACCUCGAGGUCGUUGGGUGUGUUAUGUCUCCUGAGCUUUCUCUUUUAAAUUAGCUUCAUUAGAUAAACCCUUGUUUAGUUUCUGACCUAGUGUAGAGAGAGAGAGCACCUUGGGCUUACCGUUAGGGAUCAGUCUCGGCUUUUGGGUCUUAGAAAGAAGGACGAGGACCCGACGUCGUCUACGAACCAAUUUCUACUCUGUGACGGAACCCUAAAAACACCGUUUUCGCUUGUCAUGAGUCCAAUUCAGAAUUUUGAGCAACACUCUCGUCGUCUCGUCGAGCCUGACCUACCUAUUCAGGCUAGGCUUGAGAUGGUGGUGGAGGUCAGGGACAGCCUAGAGAUAACACAUACGGCUGAGUACUUGAAUUUUCUUAAAUGUUACUUCCGGGCCUCUUCAGUGAUUCUUUUUCAGAUUACUAAGCCACAGUUCACUGAUAAUCUUGAGCAUAAACUACGCAACAUCGUGGUUGAGAUCCUCAACCGUCUACCACAUAGCGAGGUUCUUCGUCCCUUUGUUCAAGACCUCUUGAAGGUUGCUAUGCAGGUGCUCACCACUGAUAAUGAAGAGAAUGGGUUAAUCUGCAUUCGCAUCAUCUUUGAUCUUCUUAGGAACUUUAGGCCAACAUUAGAAAAUGAGGUUCAACCAUUCUUGGACUUUGUCUGCAAGAUUUACCAGAACUUCAGAUCGACUGUUUGCCAUUUUUUCGACUAUGUCAAAAUGGAAGAAGUGAAACCUAUGGAGAUCUCUACACCAUCUGAUCAGUCGCUCUCCAUUACUGCACCUUCCAGAAAUGGGCAGAUUAACCCUAGUACUCGUUCAUUCAAAAUUGUCACAGAGAGCCCCCUUGUCGUUAUGUUUCUUUUUCAGCUGUAUAGCAGACUUGUUCAGAUCAAUAUACCUAAUUUGUUGCCCCUGAUGGUUGCUGCUAUAUCGAUUCCUGGCCCUGAGAAAGUUUCUUCACAUAUGAAGCCUCAGUUCAUCGAACUGAAGGGUGCUCAGGUUAAGACGGUUUCUUUUUUGACUUAUUUGUUAAAAAGUUGUGCGGAAUAUAUCAGGCCGCAUGAAAAAAGCAUAUGUAAGAGCAUUGUAAAUUUGCUUGUCACCUGUUCGGAUUCUGUAUCUAUCAGAAAGGAACUAUUAGUCUCACUAAAGCAUGUUCUUGGGACGGAUUUCAAGAGAGGUUUAUUUCCUCUUAUUGACACUCUUUUGGAAGAGAGGGUUCUAGUUGGAACGGGGCGAGCAUGCUUUGAGUCUUUGAGACCUCUGGCAUACAGCCUACUGGCAGAGAUUGUUCACCAUGUUCGAGCAGAUUUAUCCCUUUCUCAGUUAUCACGGAUCAUCUACUUAUUUUCAAGGAACAUGCAUGACUCGACCCUCUCUCUUAACAUCCAUACAACUUGUGCACGACUGAUGUUAAAUCUGGUGGAACCGAUAUUUGAGAAAGGUGUUGACCAGCAUUCAAUGGAUGAAGCACGGAUUUUGUUGGGACGUAUCCUGGAUGCCUUUGUUGGAAAAUUCAAUACCUUCAAGCGUACUAUACCUCAGCUUUUAGAGGAGGGUGACGGAAAGGAUCAAAUCACUUUGAGGUCGAAACUUGAACUUCCUGUCCAGGCAGUUUUGAAUUUGCAGGUUCCUGCCGAACAUUCCAAAGAAGUGAAUGAUUGUAAGAAUCUGAUCAAGACACUGGUGAUGGGAAUGAAGACAAUCAUAUGGAGUAUAACCCAUGCACAUUUGCCCCGACCUCAGGGAAUGCACCCACAAGCUCUUGCUUCGCAGUCAUCUGCUUCUCAAGUUUUUAAAGGAAUGAGAGAAGAUGAGGUGUUGAAAGCCUCUGGUGUUUUAAAAAGUGGUGUCCAUUGCCUAGCUCUCUUCAAAGAUAAGGAUGAGGAAAAGGAAAUGCUAAAUCUAUUCUCCCAAAUUUUGGCUAUUAUGGAACCUCGAGAUCUAAUGGAUAUGUUCUCUGUAUGUAUGGCUGAACUUUUUGAGUGCAUGAUUGACAAUACUCAACUGGUUCAAAUAUUUGCCACUCUUCUUCAAGCUCCCAAGGUAUACAAGCCAUUUGCAGAUGUUCUGAUUAAUUUCCUAGUAAGCAGCAAACUUGAUGUUCUGAAGAAUCCAGAUUCAGCUGCAACUAAAUUGGUUCUGCAUUUGUUCCGGUGCCUCUUUGGGGCUGUGUCCAAAACACCAUCUGAUUUUGAACGAAUAUUGCAACCUCAAGUGCCUAUUAUUAUGGAAGUCUGCAUGAAGAAUGCUACUGAAAUUGAAAACACUCUUGGUUAUAUGCAAUUGCUCCGAAUUGUUUUCAGAGGACUUGCUGGAUGUAAAUUCGAGCUGCUUCUUCGAGAUUUAAUCCCCAUGCUACUACCUUGUCUUAAUAUACUUCUGACAAUGCUCGAGGGUCCAGCCGGUGAAGACAUGAGAGAUCUUUUGUUGGAACUUUCGUUGACACUUCCUGCACGCUUAAGCUCCUUAUUGCCAUACCUUCCCCGUCUUAUGAGGCCUCUUGUAUCCUGUUUAAGAGGAAGUGAUGAACUUGUGAGCUUGGGGUUACGCACCCUUGAAUUCUGGGUGGAUAGUCUGAAUCCUGAUUUUUUGGAGCCAAGUAUGGCAAAUGUGAUGUCUGAAGUGAUCUUAGCAUUAUGGUCUCACUUGAAGCCGGUGCCAUAUCCUUGGGGUGGUAAAGCGUUACAGAUUGUAGGAAAGUUGGGUGGUCGCAAUCGACGAUUUCUGAAAGAGCCACUUACACUUGAAUGCAAAGAUAAUCCAGAGCAUGGGCUUCGCUUAGUUCUGACGUUUGAGCCGUCCACUCCAUUUCUUGUGCCAAUGGACAAAUUCAUUAAUCUUGCUGUAGCAGCUGUUAUUCAGAAAAACCUCACUACUGACAUCUUCUACAAAAAGCAAGCUCUAAAAUUCCUCCGCGUUUGCUUGUUGUCUCAACUUAAUUUGCCUGGGUGCGUCACUGAUGAGGGUCAGAUGACCAAGCAAUUAUCAGCUUUGUUACUUUCCUCUGUUGAUUCAUCUUGGCGCAGGAGUGAACCAACAGAAGUAAAGGCUGACUUAGGGGUUAAAACAAAGACACAGUUAAUCGCUGAGAAGUCGAUCUUCAAGACACUAUUGAUAACUAUAAUUGCUUCCAGUUCUGAUCCGGAUCUCAGCGACUCAGAUGAUGACUUUGUUGUAAACAUAUGUCGGCAUUUUGCAAUUAUUUUGCAUGGGGACUGUACCUCGUCGUAUGCUUCCACUAGUACUGCUCCAUUCGGGGGUUCUGUGAGUUCAACAAGUUCCAAGCCCAAUAUCAAUUGGUCUACUAACUUAAAACAUCUGGAUCCUUUGAUAUUUUUAGAUGCUCUUGUUGAUGUGCUUGCAGAUGAAAACAGGCUCCAUGCCAAAGCUGCUCUGACUGCGUUAAAUGUGUUUGCUGAAACUCUGUUGUUCCUUGCUCGUGUUAAACAUGCUGAUGUGCUGAUGGCUAAAAGUGGUCACAGUGCCUCUAUGAUUGUCUCCAGUCCUUCUACAAAUCCGGUCUAUUCACCCCAUCCAAGUGUACGAAUACCAGUGUUUGAACAACUUUUACCUCGGUUGUUGCAUUGCUGUUAUGGGAGCACAUGGCAAGCGCAAAUGGGAGGAGUAAUGGGGUUAGGUACGCUGGUAGGGAAAGUGAAUGUCGAAACAUUAUGUCUUUUCCAAGUAAAAAUUGUUCGUGGUCUGGUUUAUGUUCAAAAGAGGCUUCCUAUUUAUGCUAGCAAAGAGCAAGACGAGACAAGUCAGGUUCUUAUGCAGAUUCUAAGAGUGGUUAAUAAUGUUGAUGAAGCAAACAGUGACGCCCGCAGACAAAGCUUUCAAGGUGUUGUAGAAUAUCUUGCUACUGAAUUGUUCAAUCCCAAUGCAUCUAUCACAGUGAGGAAAAAUGUUCAGAACUGUCUUGCACUUUUGGCUAGCCGGACUGGUAGUGAGGUAUCUGAACUGCUUGAGCCUUUAUACCAACCUUUGCUGCAGCCACUUAUAAUGCGUCCACUUCGAUCAAAGACAAUUGAUCAACAGGUUGGAACUGUGACAGCUCUGAAUUUUUGUUUAGCAUUGAGGCCCCCCCUUCUAAAAGUGACUCCACUGGGAUCAGCAGCGGGUGCUCAUCCUAGACAAAGCCAGCGGACAGAUUCAGAUUCUGCAGUAACUUCUUCUCGUCAAACUGCUGAUGUUGGGGUAGUCAUAUCUAAUAUAAAGUCGGUCUUGGAACUUAUUGAUGAAAGGGUUAUGCUUUUAGCGGAUUGCAAAAGACCUGUGACUCAAAUAUUGAACACGUUGCUUUCAGAAAAGGGGACUGAUUCUAGUGUGCUUAUCUGCGUGCUAGACAUGUUAAAAAGGUGGGCUGAGGAUGAUUUCGGGAAAACAAGUUUAUCGGGGUCCUCUGGUGCAUUUCUUACCCAGAAAGAUAUAGUUUCUUUCCUCCAGAAGCUUGCACAGGUUGAUAAGCAGCACUUCUCAUCUGUUGCUUUGGAUGAGUGGGAUAAGGCGUAUCUCCAGCUUUUAUAUGGACUUUGUGCCGAUUCAACGAAGUAUCCGUUGGCACUCCGACAAGAGAUCUCUCUGAAAGUUGAGAGACAUUCCAUGCUUGGUUUACGGGCAAGGGAUCCUGAUAUGCGAAGGAAGUUCUUCUUGUUAUACCAUGAGUCUCUCGGAAAAAAUUUAUUUGCACGGUUGCAGUAUAUUAUUCAAAACCAAGAUUGGGAAGCUAUGGGUGAUGUUUUUUGGCUCAAACAGGGUCUUGAUCUCCUCCUAGCCAUUUUAAUUGAGGAGAAGCCCAUUACGCUAGCACCGAAUUCUGCCAGGGUAGUACCACUUUUGUCAUCACAAAAUCCUGGAACACAUUACCAACCACCUGCUAUGCCAGAGGGACCUGAAGAAGUUGGCUCAAUGUUUGAUAGCAUUGUAAUGAAGCAUGCACAAUUUCUUAGUGCGGCAAGCAAACUUCAGGUCGCUGAUGUUGUUAUCCCUUUAAGGGAGCUUGCUCACACAGAUGCCAAUGUUGCUUACCAUUUGUGGGUGCUAGUAUUUCCAAUUGUGUGGGCAACUCUACACAAGGAAGAGCAGAAAGCUUUAGCUAAGCCUAUGAUUUCUCUACUUUCGAAGGACUACCACAAGAAGCAGCAAGGGCACAGACCAAAUGUUGUUCAAGCACUUCUGGAAGGGCUUCAGUUGAGCCAUCCUCAACCUAGGAUGCCUAGUGAGCUUAUCAAAUAUAUAGGAAAAACGUACAAUGCAUGGCAUCUUGCAUUGACUUUGUUAGAGACUCAUGUCAUGCUGUUCACGAAUGAAUCAAGAUGUGCUGAGUCUCUUGCUGAGCUUUAUCGUUUGUUAAACGAAGAUGACAGGAGAUUUGGAUUGUGGAAGAAUAGGUCCAACACCACCGAAUCGAGAGCUGGGCUUUCAAUGGUUCAACAUGGAUUUUGGCAACGUGCUCAGAGCCUAUUUUAUCAGGCAAUGGUUAAGGCAACCCAAGGCACUUACAAUAACACAGUACCUAAGGCCGAAAUGUGCCUGUGGGAGGAGCAAUGGCUCCACUGUGCCACUCAACUUGGUCAGUGGGAUGCCCUGGUAGAUUUUGGAAAAAGCACCGAGAAUUAUGAAAUUUUGCUUGAUAGUCUUUGGAAAGCUCCAGAUUGGGCAUACUUGAAAGAUCAUGUGAUACCCAAAGCACAAGUGGAAGAGACGCCGAAGCUUCGUUUGGUUCAAGCUUGUUUUGCCCUUCAUGAAAAAAAUGCAAACGGUGUAGGAGAUGCUGAAAACAUAGUUGGGAAAGGCGUUGAUCUUGCUUUGGAACAGUGGUGGCAGUUACCGGAAAUGUCUCUUCAUGCUAGGGUGCCUCUACUGCAGCAAUUCCAACAACUAGUGGAGGUGCAAGAGUCUUCUAGAAUUUAUGUUGACAUCACAAAUGGGAGUAAAGUUCCUGGAAAUGCUGCUGUUGGGGGACAGGGAAAUCAUUAUGCAGAUCUGAAAGACAUUCUUGAGACUUGGAGGCUAAGAACUCCAAAUGAAUGGGAUAAUAUGACCAUCUGGUAUGAUAUGCUGCAGUGGAGGAAUGAGAUGUAUAAUGUUGUUAUUGAUGCAUUUAAGGACUUUAUAACUUCAAAUACUCAACUUCAUCACCUUGGUUAUCGUGACAAAGCAUGGAACGUCAAUAAGCUUGCUAGGAUAGCUCGGAAACAAGGGCUUUAUGAUGUUAGCGUUCAGAUACUUGAAAAAAUGUAUGGGCACUCACAAAUGGAAGUACAGGAAGCCUUUGUUAAAAUUAAAGAGCAGGCAAAAGCUCAUCUGGAAACGAAAGGAGAGCUCGCUACUGGUCUUAAUCUGGUUAAUAGCACAAAUUUGGAGUUCUUUCUAGCGAAGAACAAGGCAGAAAUUUUUCGACUAAAGGGGGAUUUUCAUUUGAAGCUAAACGACACUGAAGGUGCUAAUAUUGCAUAUUCCAACGCAAUCACCCUAUUCAAAAAUUUACCCAAAGGAUGGAUAAGCUGGGGAAAUUACUGUGAGAUGGCAUACCAAGAAACACAAGAGGAAAUCUGGCUGGAAUAUGCCGUUAGCUGCUUUCUUCAGGGUAUAAGAUUUGGAGUUUCCAAUUCCAGAAGUCACAUGGCUCGUGUUCUUUAUCUUCUUAGUUUCGAUACAGCAAAUGAGCAUGUUGGUAGAACAUUUGAUAAACACUUGGACCAAGUACCUCACUGGGUGUGGCUUUCUUGGAUCCCACAGCUGUUGCUUUCCUUGCAGCGUACAGAAGCACCCCAUUGCAAAUUAGUUCUAAUGAAAAUUGCUGCAGUAUUCCCGCAGGCUCUCUAUUACUGGCUUCGCACCUACUUACUAGAACGCCGUGAUGCAGUAAAUAAAUCUGAACUUAGCAGAAUUGUUUUGGCUCAAAGAAUGCAGCAGAAUGUUCCUGGUGUUAGUGCGGUUCAUGGUGGAGGCAAUUUACCAUCAGAAACUCAAAUCCAUCAAGGUGCUCAAACAAGUGGGGCUGUUGGAACCACCCGUGAUAAUGGUAACCCACAUGCGCAAGAAAGUGAACGUGCCGCUAUGGAAAACAAUGUUAAUUCAGGGAAUGAUCAGCCUAUGAACCAAAGCAGUUCAACUAUCAAUGAAAAUAGUCAACACGCAGUAAUACGGGAUGGUGCUUCCUUGGCAAUGUCUGCUGCUGGUGCUUUUGAUGCUGCAAAGGAUAUUAUGGAAGCUCUUAGGAGUAAACAUAACAACUUGGCCAGUGAACUUGAGGUUCUUCUCACGGAAAUAGGUUCGAGGUUUGUUACCCUACCGGAAGAAAGACUUCUUGCGGUUGUGAAUGCUUUGUUGCAUCGAUGUUACAAAUAUCCAACUGCCACCACUGCCGAAGUUCCCCAACCGCUCAAGAAAGAACUCUCGGGUGUAUGCAGAGCUUGUUUUUCUGCAGAUGCUGUGACCAAGCAUGUCGCAUUUGUGAGAGAAUACAAACAGGAUUUCGACUUCAAUGUUGUUGAUGUGGAGAUACCAGGACAGUACUUUGCUGACCAGGAAGUCGCACCUGAUCAUACAGUAAAGUUGGAUAGGGUUGGAGCAGACAUACAAAUUGUACGAAGGCAUGGGAGCAGCUGCAGACGUUUGACUCUUAUUGGCUCCGAUGGCUCACAAAAGCAUUUUAUUGUUCAAACAUCAUUAACUCCUAAUGCGAGGAGUGAUGAACGAAUCUUGCAGGUUUUCCGUGUGAUGAAUCAAAUGUUUGACAAGCAUAAAGAAUCGAGAAGACGCCAUAUAGGACUUCACACUCCGAUCAUAAUCCCUGUCUGGUCUCAGGUCCGAAUGGUUGAGGAUGAUCUCAUGUACAACACUUUCCUUGAGGUAUAUGAGAAUCACUGUGAAAGGAAUGGUCGAGAGUCAGAUCAUCCUAUUACCUACUUCAAGGAGAAACUCAAUCAAGCUAUCUCAGGGCAAAUCUCGCCAGAAGCAAUUGGAGAUCUUCGGCUACAGGCUUAUGGUGAAAUCACAAAGAACAUAGUCAAUGACACCAUCUUCUCUCAGUACAUGUACAAGACAUCAAUGAGCGGAAGUCAUCUUUGGGCUUUCAAGAAGCAAUUCGCUGUCCAGCUAGCUGUAUCCAAUUUCAUGUCCUUCAUUCUACAAAUUGGUGGAAGAUCCCCAAACAAGAUCUUGUUCGCCAAAAAUACGGGGAAAAUGUUCCAGACAGAUUUUCAUCCAUCGUACGACUCCAAUGGGAUGGUCGAGCUCAACGAACCUGUCCCUUUCCGCCUCACAAGAAACAUGCAAGCAUUCCUAUCGCAUUUUGGUGUCGAAGGUCCUCUCAUGUCAAACAUGUGUUCUGCAUCUCAAGCAGUUUUCUCCUCCAAGCAAAACGAACAUCUUCGGUAUCAAUUAGCCAUGUUCUUUCGCGAUGAGCUUCUAUCAUGGUUUGGAAGAAGACCUCUUGGGGUGCCUAUUCCUCCUGUUACAGGAAUUGCUACUUUGAGUUCGGCCGAGCUGAAGCACAAAGUUAACUUAAACGUUGACGAUGUCAUUGGACGAAUCAGAGGAAUAGCGCCACAGUAUUUCUGUGAAGAGGAUGAGAACUCGGUGGAGCCGCCACAGUCUGUACAAAGAGGUGUGAAUGAAUUGGUGGAGGCAGCUUUGUCGCCUCGCAAUCUAUGUAUGAUGGAUCCAACAUGGCAUCCGUGGUUCUAACUUGCUUUUAAGUUAAACUUUUAACCAUUUUGAGGUAGAAUCUGAGUUUUGAAGAGGUUAGGUUUGUAAAUAGUUUACCUAACUGCGUUCCAACUCAUUAGGGUUUUUUGGAUGAUUUGUAUUGGAACAACUCAUCUAUUAAGUUAAAAAGUCGAAAUUUCCUCUA